AUGACAACUAACCAGAACAUAGAUGCAAUUAAAAUAGAACUCGAAAAAGCUGCCAACAGAGAUACUAAUAUCAAAAUUAACUAUGGAAUUGAUACACCAGUUAACUUCUUGGAUGUUACUAUAAUCAAUGAGAAUGGUCAUUUAACGACAUGUCUUUAUCACAAAACAACGGCUGAACCUCAUAUACUACCAUACACAUCCGAUCAUCCACGACAUGUUCAUCGCAAUAUACCUUAUGCUGGUUUAUUACGUGCUGUUCGUAUUCGCUCCGAUGUAUAUGACUUCGACAGAGAAUUAAAUAAUGCCAUGCCUGUUCUAAAUGAAUUAAAUUCUCAAGUUUAUCAUCGGCUUCAUCAACAAUUAUUGCAUCAACCUACACGACGUGAAAAGCAACUACAAGCUAUGACUCAAUAUCCGAUUCGAUCACGCAUAGUAUUGCAACAGAAGAUAUGGGACCAAAACAUAAUGUACCCAGGUUAUCUUGUCGAUAGUUCCACGUCAAUCGAUUUUCGCAAGCAAUUUUACAAAUGGUGGCGAACUUACUACGCAAAUGCCGCAACUCCUUUGCCAAACAUUAAAGUUCGAUUAGUAGCUGCUACAAACCAGAUACUUGAAACAUUCUUUAUACAUACAAAACCACCAAAAGCAAUUCUGCCACGUAUGGAACACGGUUAG